AUGAUUUUACAUUUCCUUGUCGCGAUAUGGGCCAUAUGUGCGACUGCUGGUGCAGCUCCCCAAGGCUCUACUGUCUCUACCAUCGAACCUCCCGUCACUGUCUACCUUCCCUGCGAUUCCAGUAGUGCCAAUCUUGAGAUAUCUGCGAUAUCCAAUACCGUCGCUCACUACACAACUGGUAAUCCCGAGGCACAGAUCUUUACGAUCCCUACCGGUACAACUAUCUAUGUUGCGCCUCCCAUUGCUACAACUCCGUUCUUACAAUCAUCAAUCCCAACCGGAACAAUUGAAACCACUCAGACGUCCAGCAAAGUUCCCGCAUUCAUAGUGAUCAGCGGCACAACUAGCUGGUUGAAUGGACAAACUCCAACGAAUCCAACUCAAUCGUUCGUCGUGGUUACAAGCGCUAUUACAGUUGUACCUCUGUCAACUCUACCUCCUCCUCCGCCACCGCCACCCGCGUCUAGUAGUCAACCUGUCGUCUUAUCCAAGGUAACGGUUAUCCCUCUGUCGACUCUUCCUCCUCCAAAAUCUAGCAGCGAACCUGUGGUUAUAUCGACUACAACAGUUGUUCCUCUUUCAACACUUCGUCCUUCUCCGUUAUCUAGCAGUGAGUCUGUAGUUAUAUCGACUGCAACGGUUUUCCCCCUGUCAACGCUUCCUCAUACGGUAUCUAGCAGUGAAUCUGCAGUUAUAUCGACUGCAACAAUCAUUUCUCAGCCAACUCUUCCAUCUCCUCCACCGCCAUCAUCAAGCAGUGAGCCAGCGGUCAGCAGUAAAUCCGUGAUUCUGUCGACUGCAACGAUUGUUUCUUUAAACCCGAUUCCCAGUUCCUCUUCUCAUUCUACUGGAACAGGGAGCUCGGCUGUUUCCGGAUCGGAACCUGCGUCAGGAUCCUACAAAGGUUCAGUUACUUCAAAUUCUGUCGUCGGAACCGGCAGUAUUCCCAGUCUCUAUUCUGUAGCCCGUAACUUAUCUACUACCCUGUCAACAGCAACGACUAUUCCUUCAAAGUCGAUUCCCAAUUCCAUUUUUCCUAUCGGAACAGGCCCAACCUCAUUGGUCGUUUCAAAGUCAUCUGUCGUCGAAACCAGCAGUGUCUCCAGCUUCUCUUCUGGAGCCGGUGACUCUUCUACUUUCGUAUCGACAGCAACGACUGUUCCUUCAAAAUCGAUUCCCAACUCUGUUUUUCCUGCUGGAACAGGCGCAUCCUCAUCGGUCGUUUCAAAGUCAUCUGUCGUAUCUUCAAUUCAGUCGUCCUUGAACCCAAGUAGUGCCCAAGGUCCAGGAUCUAUCGUCUCAGUCACUUCAGCUUCAUCGUCUACUGUAUCAAGUAGCGUUGAGCCUUCGCGUAGAAUAUAUACUGGCAUUCCUUCUGCUGCUGGAGGAUGGAAUAUAACGGCAGCCACGUCAUCUGAAUUGUCGUCUUUCAAUCUCUAUACAUCCUUCACACUAGGAAGUUUGACCACUUUGACAGCCGCGGGAGGGUUCAAAGCCUCGGAUCAAUCUUUGAUGUCCAUCCCUUCUACUUCAGUGCUCGUUUCUGCUAAUCUAAUAAAUUCGGUCAAUCCAUUGUCUAGUGCCACAUCAAUGCCCAGCGUAUAUAGUGCUACUUCAAUAACUACAUUGAUUCCAUUGUACACCUCUACGUCAACAACCAAAUCACUUGCACUCUCUGGUCCUACUUCAGUCUCCAGUUUGAUUCCGUCGUUGGACACCAGCUCGAUCUCGGUAUCUAACACUACUCCUUCAACCAAAUCGUUUCCAUUAUUUGGCCCAACUUCGAUGACCAGCUUAAUUUCGAUGCCCAGCUCGAUUCCAUUGUUCGAUUCCACUUCGACCUCCAAUUCGAUUUUGUUUUCUAAGGCUACUUCGAUCACAGGUUCGAGUUCAUUGCCAGGCUCGACGUCAAUGUCUAGCUUGAUUCCAUUAGGCAGCGCUACUUCGAUGUCCAGCUUUACUUCAGUGACUCUACGAUCAAGUUUUGUCACUUUUCCCAAUUCAACAUCAGCUACAACUAGUGCGGCAGCCUCAGCCACAUCCUCCAAUUGUGGAGAGCAAGGAGAUUUUGUAUUGACUUUCGAUGACGUACCGCCAUUAUCUGUCUCCAACGCCAGUGACAUCAAUGUGCAAUCAAAGCCAUUAUUCAAUCCGUACCACCAGUUUCUUUUUUCAGAUGGCUUUACGGUCGUUCCACCACCAAAACGGCUGCCGAACCUUCCUUCUUCGCCACCUUUACUGUUGGAGUUCAUACCAGAUUCAACUGUAGAUACAUCAAACAGAGAAACAGGACCAAAUACCGCAGAAUAUGGCUUCUCGGGCCAAAUAGGCAGUGGCGACGAAGAUCACACUGGUUGUUUCAACUUCAAUCUCUAUGGAGCAUCUCUAGGUUGUGAUUCCACAGGCCCUGCAUGCGAUUUCAUAUUUACUGGAUACAGUUACGAUAUUGCUUCUGGACAGACUUCUCAAGUCACUCGACAAGAUGUCAAUGUUCCAGCUUGUUCUGAAAUUUCAACGUGCGUCUUGACCCGCGUUGAUUUAGAUUCUAGUUUCAGGGAUUUGACUUAUUUCUUUGUGAAUGUUGUGGUUGCUGGUAAGCCAGAACUUUGGUGGAUGGAUGAUCUUCGUCUGGGUUGGUUCGAUGAUAGUUGUACUAUGGGUCUUUGUCGCCAAUCUAAAUAUUUGCGUUGA